CUAAUUUUAUUUUUUUAACUUUGCUUUAAAUAUUUCUAAAUGGGAAGCAUGAUAAAUCUAAGUAGGCAUACAAACUGGUUCUCUAGUUGCUGGCUGUCAACUUGGCCAUAUGGUAACCUUUUUCUAUACCAGUUUUAAAAUGGAAAUAUAUUCAUUUAAGAUACGAUUAUCAAUGGCACCUAGUCAUGAUGCGGGUUCUUCCAGGGUCAGAGGCAGUACCUGAAUGCCAAUCACAAAUGAUGAACUUUGGGCUUUUUAGAGCAUCUGACUGGCCACUGUAUCAAAUGACAAUAAAUUAGACAGGCAUACAAUUUAACCCAGGAUAGCUCUUAAAUUCAGCGCUUUCCUACAUGUAUAGUUUUGUUAACACUUGAAGAGGGAUGCUGGCAGAUAUCAAAGGCUUAUUUCCUUCUUUACAAGCAGGAUGGAAAGGAAAAGAGAGAGAUAAAAAGAAAAGUUGGUCUCCCCUAUUUUCACCUGUCACACUCUCUGCUCUAUGAGGUGGGUGGGAAGGAGAGGGGAGCUUGCACUUCCUGAGACAGAUAGACAGACAACGUGACCUGCAGAUCAGCUUCCUACAUUUCUCUUGGGUAUUGCCAAGGAAGGGGGGGGGGGAGGCAGGGCCGUGGAAAAUCAUGAAACAAAAUCAAACUUAUGCAUUAAAAAAAUCAGUCCGGGGGUGGGUUUUUUUUCCAUCUGCAAAACGUGGAGGUGGCUGCGAUGCCACCCACAGAUUAAAGGCGCCUUUUCUCUUCUUCGGAAGCCCGUUUGGGCAUGAAAGUUGGGACGACGCAUUGCGCCCGGAGAUCGGAUUUCUGCUAGAACCAGCGGAGACCUCGAUCGGAUCCUCCAAUACUUGGGAAUUGAAGGGCAAAUAGCCCCUGACCCUUACGCGCCUAGUAGCUGUUUAAGCGCCGUUCGGCCAAGCAGCGAGCUCCAGCCGGACCGCAGCUGUGGGUGUGCGAAACGGGGACGGGACAUCACCCUGCCGGGCGGCAAGGGAAGGUAUCCUGCUGGCAGGAGGUCCGCUUCCUGCUCCUCCUCUUUCGGCUGUCGUUUUAACCGGCUGCCUCUCUGGGCGAAGCAGAAGCUCAGCGCGCAAAUAACUGAUGAGGGUAAAAGAUCCAUCAAAGGUUACCCAUGAUAAAAAUAAGAGACAAAAAAAGGCAAAUCAGCAUCAGGAUGAAGAUUCCUCAGAUGACAUUACAGGAUUAACAUGCCAACAUGUGGGCCAGGCAGUUGAUGUCCAUCAUGUGAAGCGAGCAGUGGCUCAAAAUGUUUGGUCAAUAUGCUCAGAGUGCUUAAAGGAAAGGAGAAUAUAUAACGGUGAACCAGUAAUGCCUUCUGAUAUAUGGCUUUGUCUCCGAUGUGGCAUUCAGGGCUGUGGUCAAAAUUCAGAAGGCCAGCAUUCUGUAAAGCAUUUCCAGACUGCACGGGCAGAUUCUCAUUGUAUUGUAAUCAAUCUUAGUACAUGGAUCAUAUGGUGUUAUGAAUGUAAGGAGGAACUCUCAACACAUUGUAACAAAAAGGCUUUGACACAGAUCGUUGACUUCCUCCAAAGGCAUGUUACUAGAAAUGAAUCAAGUUCAUCGUCAAAAAUUAUAUGGUUACAUGAAGAAAACAAUGAAGCAAAUGACAUAUUAAGAGGAAAAGGACUCAGUUCCAGCUGGGCAUCUGUUCCCGUUAAAGGCAUUAAUAACUUAGGAAACACGUGUUUCUUUAAUGCUGUUAUGCAGAACUUAGCACAGACACACAUGUUAAGUGAGCUAAUGUGCGAAAUGAAAGAAAAGGGGACAAAACUAAAAAUAGCUCAAAGCCCAGCAUCUCAACUGGAUCCAUUGGUAGUGAAUCUUUCGAAUCCUGGAUCUCUGACUUCAGCCAUGCUCCUGUUUCUUCAUAGCAUGAAAGAUGCUGGAAAAGGUCCUCUUUCUCCUAAAAUUUUGUUCAACCAGCUCUGCCAGAAGGCCCCUCGGUUUAAAGGAUUUCAACAACAGGACAGCCAGGAGGUGCUCCACUACUUGUUGGAUGCAAUGAGAAUAGAAGAAACAAAGCGCAUACAAGCUGCAAUCUUAACAGCAUUUAAUAAUCCAACAAGUAAAACAGCAGAUGAAGAAACCAAACGAAGAGUCAAAGCAUAUGGAAGAGAGGGUGUGAAGAUGAAUUUCAUAGACAGGAUUUUUGUGGGUGAAUUAACCAGCACUAUCAUGUGCGAGGAAUGUGAAAACAUUUCCACAGUAAAAGAACCCUUCAUUGAUCUUUCACUUCCUAUAAUAGAAGAAAGGACCUCAAAACCUGUUUGUUUUGGAAGGACAAGCAAAGGUAAACAAAUACAAGAAGCAGAUACUGAUCAAUUCAGCUGUUCUUCCAUAUCUGCUCUGACUAAUCAGCAAUCAAAAUUAUCUAGAAAGUGUUCAUUAACAAAGGAUAAGAACCAGGUAAACCAUGAAAGACGACUUGCCAACAAAUCUGAUGAAGAAGAAAUAAGCCCUUUUAUUCUACCUGGAAAAAUCAGAAACUCUAAAAUAGAAGAUAUUGCCAAUACUUCAUGCACAAGAGAGAGCGGUGCCGUUUUGGACUCCCCAGGAAAUGGAAGUCAGACUGAAGGCAGUGAGAAAGAAGUCAGCCGUUCUGAAAGUAGCAUUGAUGCUGAUAGCGAGGCCUCUGAAAGCGAAAGCGCGGCUAAGCAAAUUACGGCCAAUAAAACUUGUCUCUCACCUGAUUUAUGCACAGACGGACACAGACACUUACCUACAAAUACUAAAACGCAAUAUAGCAAACCCAGCAAUAGCAAUACGGAGGCACUUACUAGUACCUUGUCAAAAUUUCACUUUGGAAGCACAGCCAUUGAAAGUGAAGGGCCUCUCAACACUCUUUCGAGCCUGUCGAAGAACACUGCCUUUUCCACAGAGGUGCAAAACCCUCAAAAUGCUUUCCAGACACUUUCUCAGAGUUACGUAACCAGUUCUAAGGAAUGUUCGGUUCAGUCAUGCCUCUAUCAGUUUACCUCCGUGGAGCUGCUAAUGGGGAACAAUAAGCUGCUGUGUGAAAACUGUACAGAUCAGAAGCACAAACACCAGAAAAAAGCAAAUUCCACAGAUAAGAAGACAGAAAGUGUCUAUACAAAUGCUAGGAAGCAGCUGCUGAUUUCUUUGGUUCCUGCUGUUCUGAUCCUCCAUCUGAAAAGAUUUCAUCAGGCUGGCAUGAGCCUACGAAAAGUAAAUCGACAUGUAGAUUUCCCACUUGUUUUGGACUUGGCUCCAUUUUGUUCUGCCUUUUGCAAGAAUGUGACUGAUGGUGGGAAGGUCCUCUAUGCGCUUUAUGGAAUAGUAGAGCAUAAUGGCUCCAUGCGGGGAGGUCAUUAUGCAGCUUAUGUAAAAAUCCGAUCAUCGUCCAAAAAACAUUUGGAGCACAAUUCUAGCAAUAAAAACGUUCAAGGUUUAAAAGAAUCUCCGGGAUCAGCAGUAGGACAGUGGGUUUAUGUCAGUGAUACCUAUGUACAAGCAGUCCCAGAAUCAAGAGUAUUAAAUUCACAAGCCUAUUUGCUUUUCUAUGAAAGAAUCCUGUAGCCAUGUUCAGUAUGGAAAACUGGGAAGCAAUUGAUGUUAUUUAACUUGCUUAAGUGCACAGAAAAUUACAGUGUAUGUAAAUAUUGUGCCUUUAUCUGUUCUUCUUCAAUAGAAAAUACACCCUGGUUUCAGACUCUGUAAAUCAUGCCUUGGAUACAGAACAGCCUAUGCAUGCAUUGUCCCCCCCCCUUUUUUUUUUUAUCAUGCAUUCAAAAAUACAGUAGAGUGGCUAACAUUUUAAUUCAGUUGCUGUUUUAAAAGAACCCAUAGCUUCAUGUGCUUUUAUGAAGAGUUGAGGGCACAGACUGCAUUAAAAUGGAAAUUAAUUUUUAAAAAAAAUUCAUAUGUGAUUGUAAGACGUGGGUGUAUGUGUGUGUUUCUGAAUCCAAGCAGGCACUGAUUUUGAACUUCUAAGCUGUAAUGUGAAAUAAUACAUUGUGAAAUGAAAUAGUCAUUUUUUUCAAAAUGGGCUAGUUAAAAUCAUGUGCUU